CCUAUAGCAAGUACACCGAUCCUUCGAAAAAAACAAGCUGGAACCAAAGUUGUAGAUUUAAUCGAUCUUGAAGAAACUGGAAAUAGUAAAGACCCUGAUGUUGAAAUGGAAGAAGUUCAUGAGGAUCACGAAAACCUAGAAUCACAAGAUCCAGUUGUCCACGAUCAAGAACAAGAUGAAUCGGCCGCGCCACUUGAAUCAAAGAAAGUUGAACCGCCUAAGAUAAAUAAAAAGAAAGAGGAUGUGAAAGUAGUUCAGAAAAAGGUUCCUGUCAUUCGACGGAAAAAUAUUGUUGAAGAUGAAUUACCUCAAAUUUCUUCUUUAGUCACUCCAUAUUCGAUAGUAGCCGAUGUAAGAGAUAAGCCUGCUAAUAUAACUAUCGGGCAGUUGUUACAAGUUACAGCAUCGAUGAGACAAGAAUUAUCCCGAUCCCUGCAGAAGAAAAGGAUUGUAAGCCGUAAAAAGGUUCAAGCUAAUGUUAAUAUCCAACCUACCUUAAAGUCGACGGCUUUAUAUUGUGACGCCAAGGUUUAUGACCAAGUAAUACCAUUAAUCGUCGAUAGUGGAUCCUCUGGAAGUGUUGUUACUUCCCAUUUGUUGAAUGAUCUUGGUAUAAGAAUUGAACGACCAUCUGUAGUAAAUAUGGUCAAUAUUCAUGGUGAAAGCAAGCGUGCUAUUGGAGAAAUUUCUGAUUUUCCAUUCAACAUUGGUGGUGUUGAAAUUCCAAUUGAUGUAGUCGUAACCGACGCCCAUUCCUAUUGUGCUAUCGUAGGAAACGAUUGGCUAGCUAAGGUUAAUGCGACUAUUGAUUGGAAUAGCUCUGAAAUGACCUUGAUUUGGGAUGAGAAAGAAAUUAUUGUUCCAGUUGAAUUUCGAAAGUUAGCUAAGGUGCC